CCUAACACGUUCAUUUACUGCCUCUCCCCGGUCCACGCAAGCUUGUUUGCGAGCCUGCUCACAUGUGAGAGAGCGCUCCCUUCGCUUCCGCGGACUCCAAGCCAGCGGCUGAGUGAACCCGGUGGGAGGGGACCUACACCCCGAGCUGCGAUAGGCCGUCAGCGUUCCGGGAGGGGUCAGACUGGAGAGCUCCCUCGCAUACGACUGGAGCUGCGGGAGAGGAGAGUGCAUUUUCCGAGUUUAAAAAAAUAAAAAAAAAUGCCCGUGACUUCUAACUUGGCCGAGUAUCUUCGGGACUGGGAAGAUCUGGAGAAAGACUUUCACCACAUCCAGGAGACUCAGCGUCUGUACAGAGAGAAGCUGGAUGAGGUGGCCCGCCUCCAGACCAGCUGCUCCGGGGCCAUCGCGAGACAGAAGAAGCAGCUCCGCCAGCUCUCACACGCGCUCCACACAUACAAGGAUUCGGCGAGUGGAGCAGAGGCCCACGCCAUCGACGAGAUACAAGCCCAAAUAAAUAACCGACCAAACACCUUCUUCGAAAUGGAGGCCUUCCUACCAAAGAAGAAUGGGUUGUACCUCCGUCUGGUUUUGGGGAAUGUGAAUGUGACUCUACUCAGCAAACAGGCUAAGUUUGCCUACAAGGACGAGUACGAGAAGUUUAAACUCUGCCUCACCAUCAUCAUCCUGGUGUUCUCCUUCUCGCUACGUUUCCUCAUGAGCACCAGAGCGCUCGAUGCUGCCUUCAGCUUCCUGCUGGUGUGGUAUUACUGCACCCUCACGGUGAGAGAGAGCAUCCUCAUCAGCAAUGGGUCCAGGAUCAAGGGCUGGUGGGUGAUUCAUCAUUAUGUUUCUGCUUUCCUGUCGGGAGUCAUGCUGACCUGGCCCAACGGGACAUUUUACCAGCAGUUCAGGAAUCCCUACCUUGCCUAUUCCUUAUACCAAAGUUUUGUGCAGUUCCUGCAGUACUACUAUCAGAGUGGCUGUCUGUACAGACUGAGAGCUCUGGGGCAGAGGCACACCAUGGACCUGACAGUGGAGGGGUUCCAGUCGUGGAUGUGGAGAGGCCUCACCUUCCUGCUUCCGUUCCUCUUCUUUGGCCAUUUUUGGCAGCUCUAUAAUGGACUUCUUCUGUUUCAACUGACUCAGCACCCAGACUGUAAUGAAUGGCAGGUCCCCAUGUGCGGCCUCUCCUUCAUGGUCCUCUUCCUGGGGAACUUCUGCACCACGCUGGCGGUCGUCAAACAGAAGCUCCAGAAGAAGAAGAAUUGAGAGUGGAGCAGCAAAGACCGUUCACACUUUAUUGACUGAUUCAGCAGACUCCAUGUCUGGUUAUAUGUAAACGACUGAAUGCAAUGCACACUGCUUUCUGCACCUUUGAUAUGUAUAUGGUUUGGAGAGGUUGACCAAUGACUCUUGUUUUAGAUAAUCAGUGUGAUCUCACUACUUUCUGAAUUGCACUGUUUGGAAAUCAGCAUUCAACUGUGGCAGUCAAAUUCUUAAACAAAACACCCCAUGGACCUCACCUCAUCUAGUUUAGUGUCCCGAGUGAAACCAAUGGUUUCAGCCCUGCAAGUGCUGUUCUGAGUUACUAAAUUGCUAUUACCACUCCCUCCCCAAAUUAAAAGAGCAGUACCAAUUCAGAGCUACCUGAAGUGAAUAUUUUAUGUAAAGAAGUCUAAGAUAAAUAACUCCAGUUAAGCAAUCACAGGCAUGUCAUGUAUUGUAUUAAUCAUCUAUUGUAGGGGAGUUGAUUCUGUGAGGUCGCUCAUGUUCCGAUAACAUUAUUUAAAAUCCUGUGACAGGUCUGUUCACACAAGAAAUGCAAUAAUUCAGCACUCCACUGUCACUUCCUGUUGACUCAGAUUCCUUUGUUACAUCACCAGGGACAAAGUAGUUAGUGUUUAAAAAUAAAUAAAUAAAAUCAUCGGCCACUCUUUAAUACUGUGUUUGUACAAAAAGGAAAAAAUGAUUAAACUCAUGUUCUAUUUAUGAAAUUAAGGCUUUUAUUGAAAAGAACAUUUAUGUUGCAUAUACAGUUAGAUCAAGCGAUGAUAGCAAACAAACGUAGCACACUGACUAGACAACAUUUAAUAACCCUCUUUCCAAAAAGCAACCCAACAAGUUAUUUAAGGUUAAAAGAGAAGACGCAGGUACACCUAGUAUCUGUUGAGCUCAUGUAAAGUGGUGGAACACAGAACACCUUGUAAAGUGUUUGGAGGCAAACCAAGAGAAAAUAAACCCUGUAGUGUAUUGCUUUUUUAAUGUAUGAGUGGUUUAGUAUAGUAAAUUAUGUAAAAAAACUGUGUUAAUGUUUUACGAGAAUAUGGUGCACAUGAGUGACAAAGCACCACUCUGGUCAAUUCCAGUUCAGCUAAGACAAUAUUUGCUUAAUGCAUCCAAAAACCAGAACAAGGAAACACAAGCACUUACGCCCCCAAGCAUUGUUUUAUAAAAUGUCUACAGUGUUUGAGUUGUUAGCAAAGUGUAAAAAAAUUAGAGAAAAAAGUGCAGGGUAAAUCAUCCCUAUUUUUAAAACUAUACCACGGUUCCAUUUUCAGAAGGGCAAUCGCACACGAGACAGUACAGUGGUUUAACUACAGAAUGAUGGUUCUCCCUCUUGCUGUGUAUUUCCUACAUGUGUGCCUGCAGUUAUACCUGAAGCACCCGCCACAUGGACCCUGUAGUGAACACUGUGACCCACAUAUUCUUCUGCACUUUAAGUUUCAAAUAAAUGUCACUCUGCAAAGACUCAAUCCUAAAUUAUGCCAUAUUUAAAGUAGGGCUAAUGACCCUUAUUAAAGUGGUCAAUACAGUCUACGAUCAUGUAGAAAGAUAUUGUUACCCUGCGUUACUGAAAGCGCAGUUGUCAAUAGCUGUGAUCAAGCGUACUAGCAUGUCUGUUUUUUGGUAUGCCCCUCAACACCAUAAAAAUGAACUGCAUCAGUGUAUGAUCCAAGGUGUGGCUAAAAUAUCUUUAUUAGUUAUAUUAACUGUGUCACAUCUGCUAGGGAUUACUUACUUAAGUGUAAACAUGAUUGAAACACAUCUUUACAAAUGUACCGAGAGGGACUUUUUUUUUUUUUCUUUUUUU